GCGCAGGCGCCCAAGCCUACAGGGCGGAAGCGGAAACAGAAAGCUGCGCACGGCGCGUGGACGACUCAGCGGGCCGCAGCCAUGCGCAGCUUGGCGGAGUGUGCAGCCCCGUGCGGCUGCGCUCAGCCGGCCCUGGAGACAGGAAAUCUUUACACUGAGCCAAUAGGCUACUUGGAAUCAUGUUUCACCGCCAAGAAUGGUACUCCAAGGCAGCCAUCCAUCUGUAGCCACUCCAGAGCCUGUUUGAAGAUCAGAAAGAGCAUCUUUAAUAAUCCUGAACAUUCCUUGAUGGGCCUAGAACAGUUUUCUCAUGUUUGGAUUUUGUUUGUUUUUCACAAAAAUGGCCAUUUGAACUACAAGGCAAAAGUGCAGCCACCUAGGUUGAAUGGGGCAAAGACCGGAGUGUUUUCCACAAGGAGCCCACAUCGCCCUAAUGCCAUAGGACUGACGCUGGCCAAGCUGGAGAAGGUGGAAGGGGGCGCUGUGUACCUGUCUGGAAUUGACAUGAUCCAUGGCACACCUGUGCUAGACAUAAAGCCCUACAUUGCUGACUAUGACUCACCACAGAACUUGGAGCCUUUGGAGGACUUUAAUAUGCAGAAUAACUGCCAUAAGCCGAGGGCUGCGUCCCAGGCUGAUGGCACAGCUGACAGUUGUGACCAGCGCCUGCUCUCAGGGUGUGGGAAAGCACAGCACUGCCAGAGCGCUGAGGAGAAACUGAAAUGCCUUGAAGACAGAACCCCAGAAGAAAACUCCCAGAAGUCUAGAGACAGUACAGAAACCCAGCACAUUGUACCUGAGGACGGAGAGAGAACAGUGGAUUUGGUGCUGGAAUCAAGCAGAGGUGACAGUGUGGGUAUGUCUGAAGAGCAGCUUGGCCCACAGGAUCUGAAGAGCUUUCUGAACGAAGGCACAGAUAGGUCAAGGAACGUGGAACAAGCCUUGGCCCUGCAGGGGAGCAGUGCAGAGACACCAUGGGCUUCUUGCCGUGCCGGGACUGCUGAUAGAGCGCCCUGCAGUGUCGUCCCCACUUGGGUGAAGGAGGCUCCUGCCGCCUCUUUACAAGUCCGGUUUACUCCUCAUGCAGACAUGGACCUGAGGAAGCUCAGUUCAGGAGAUGCCGGUCAGAUGUCAUUUAAAUACUUUCAGUCCACAGAGGAAGCCAAGUGUGCCAUUGAGGCUGUGCUGUCGGCAGACCCUCGGUCUGUGUACCGAAGGAAGCUCUGUCAGGACCGCCUUUUCUUCUUCACGAUCGACACAGCACAUGUCACGUGCUGGUUUGGCGAAGGCUUUGCUGAGGUUCUGCGGAUUAAACUGGCUUCUGAGCCUGUUGAGAUGACUGACCCUGAGGAGUCCUUGGUGGCUCUGGGGUCUUGAGCCCCAUGGUGUUUUUAGACAGCCUAGUUGACCUCUGGAGGUACCUGCCUUUGAUGUUUUACUGCUUUGGUUGGUGCCUAUUAAAAUACUGAUUUGAGCUGGGCAGUAGUGGCGCACGCCUUUGACCCCAGCACUCAGGAGGCAGA